AUGGAGUACAUCAAUAGCAGCGUCCGCAAGCUGGCCACCCUCUUCUCUUCCCCCCCUCCUGCCACCGUCCUUGGCAAGAGGAAGGCCGCCCGUGGUGAAGACGUAGAGGGCGCUAUAUUCCAAAGCCAUGGGGGAUGCACGGCAUCAAACUCCCCAGCCGGCACUUCCAGCAAGCGGCGCCAAGCUGAUCUCCUGCAUUCUCACAGUGCAACCGGGGAAGACGACUUCAGGCACACUCGCAAGCCCUCUGCUCUGACCACUCGUGCUGAAGUCGCCACGCAGAACGCAGAGAGGGCUAUACGCAAAGCGCGCGAGUCCAUGGGGAAGGCGACAGAGCCAGCAGUUCAGUCAGACGAGCAGGAGAUUCAGGAUGAGCUGGAAGAAAGCGACCGAAAGAGACGGCCUGCCCACAAGAAGAAGUGGCAAGCAGCUGGUCAUGGAGAGGGUCUACCAAGUCUACUCCGUGACCUUGGCCCAGCUCCAAGCACACCGACGUCAAACUCCUCUCUCUGGCACGGGUUGACAGCCAAGGAGAAGUGGUCCACCAAACCGAACCGCCGCGCACGCGAGUUCCUCGAAGAGCAUGGCCACGACGCUGCUGCGAUGCUCGAAGAUCUCCAGGAGCCAGCCUAUGUCUGCCGCGACACGGAAAUCCGCGACGGACUGAGGAAGAUGACCAACGAGAUGGAAGGCUUUGCCAAGGAGCACUUCAGCUUCACAGUCAACGACCACUCCCUCCUGCGUCCGGCCCUGGAGCGUAUGGAGAGAGAGACGGUGAAGAUCAUCGGAUCCGUUGCGUCUGACGGUCCUGCUGGCGCAAGCGGCUGGGAAGACCUGUUUCUCGCGCCCGACAAGCGCCAGGCUCUCGUGUGCGCAAUCAUGGGAAACGUGCUCAUUGAACAAGUCUUCCAGCACAUGUUCUUCGGCGGCACCGAAGCCCAGAUCCAACAAGUCGCCGCCAUACAGUACGAACACCGACACGAAGACGGCUUCGACCGCAAUGCACUCCACGCGGCCAAGAUUCGCGCAUUCCUCACACCCACCUCGACCAAAGGAGAAGCACCCAUCACCCCCUCCCUACACCUCCCCACUAACUUCACCGCUCACACCGCCCACAUCUCCGCCGCCCUACACACGCACCUCCUCCCCCUCCUCGCCCUGACCCGAACCCAAACCAACCUGCUCCCUGCCCUACACACCCUAGUCACCACCGCCGCCCUGCUAUCCCUCCACAUGCACCUCGACCCCCACACCGCCUACCACUUCGCCCCCGUCUUCAAAGACCAACCCUUCUCGUCCACGGAGGUGACAUGCCCCAGCGCCGCCGAACAAGCGCGGCGUGGCACUCGUCCGGAUGAAGACCAUCGGCCUCUGCCAGGCGACGAGGCGCUCGUGCAGAUUGCGUUGCUGCCGGGCGUUGUUGCGUACCGGCGUGGGGGGUGGGAAACAACGGAGUCUACCACCACUGCGCCCGAACACAACGACAAUCACAUCGGGGUCCGCGCGCGCCGGUUGACGGGGGCCUGGGUGUACGGUCGCUGGGGACGCCGGCGGGCGUGGGUGGAUGGGAAGCCGGCGGAGGACGAGGCUGUGCAUGGUGGGCGGUGGGAGGGCGAUUUUGUCGAGUUUUCCCCUGGGGUGCUGGGGGUUGGGGAUCCGGCGCUCAGGGAGGGGUGA